GAGAUAGGAGGAGGGAGGCCAUGAAUGAGUGUGUGAUCUCUCCCAGCCUUCCAUUCCAGCUGCUGUGGAGGGGUGUGCACCACAAUAAUGCUCCUCCCUGCUGCUUGUGCUCAGAGCUGGAACUUCCCCUAGUUCAUCCAGACACAGGCAGCACUAGAGCUAGAAGCAAGCUCACUCUGUGACUAGGAGGGUCUCCUCCUUCUUUGGGGUCCCCUGGGAUAUUAUCCACCCAUUAAUCCUGUACACUCUGUGGACUAUUACCCAGGAAGCUUAUUGCCCACGUUUAGGGACUGUAUUUCUGCACUGGAUCCUGUUUAUCCAGAUCCAAUGACUGAGUUUGAAAUCCGAAAUAUGGAUCAGGUGGCUCCGGUCUACAACAUGCACCGAGGAAUCUUGAAGCGACAACUGGCAUUUGACAACGUAAACUUGUCCACGUCAAUAUUCACUGGAUUAUAUUCUACAUAUGAUACUUAUGAAGAGGAGCAGGCGGUGCCCACAGGCCUGGACUCCAUAUCUCAUGAUUCCGGCAGCUGUGAACUGCCUCUGUUGACCCCGUGCAGCAAGGCCGUCAUGAGUCAAGCUUUGAAGGCCACUUUUAAUGGAUUUACGAAAGAACAGCGGCGCUUCGGUAUUCCCAGCAAUCCAUGGCUGUGGAAUCAGACCCAAGUGUGUCAGUGGCUUUCAUGGGCCAUUACUGAAUUCUCCUUGGAGAACGUGAGCUUUCCGAAAUUUAUCAUGACUGGGCAAGAAUUGUGUAACUUGGGAAAAGAGCGAUUUCUAGAGUUGGCCCCGGACUUCGUGGGUGACAUUCUGUGGGAGCAUCUGGAACAAAUGAUGAAAGAGCAAGAAAAGAUUCAGGAUCAAUAUAUUGACGGCUCCAAUCACCACUCCAGCUCCCAGUGGAUAAGCAACGACUCAUUAAAUUUCAGCAUGGAGCCUCAGCAUUGUAUGCAAAUGCAGAGUUACCCGAAGACUGAAAUGUACAGCGACCUGUGUCCGGUUACCCAGGUCCCAAAUCUCCUCCCGGUGAAGCAGGAGUUCCAAAGUUAUUCAUGUAUGAAAUCCAUUGGAAAUAGUUACUCGUCUCUGAACCAUGACUAUGGGCAAAGCAACAUGAAUGUCCUCCUAAACUCUCUUAACUCUGUAAAAUCCAUGGACAGGGACUCUGUAGACAGUGGCACAGAAAGCUUUGAAGGCUCAGAUUCCUUGCUACAGUCGUGGACUAGCCAGUCCUCACUGGUGGAUAUGCAACGUGUUCCAUCCUACGAAAGCUUUGAGGAAGAUGCCAGCCACUCGUUGUGCUUAAACAAACCAUCUAUGUCUUUUAAAGAUUAUAUCCAAGACAGAAAUGACCCGGUGGAACAGGGCAAACCAGUUAUCCCGGCAGCUAUUCUUGCUGGUUUCACAGGGAGUGGACCAAUUCAGCUUUGGCAGUUCCUGUUGGAGUUGUUGACCGACAAAUCGUGCCAGCCCUUUAUCAGCUGGACUGGGGAUGGAUGGGAAUUCAAGCUCACUGACCCAGACGAGGUUGCUCGCCGCUGGGGAAAAAGGAAAAACAAACCUAAAAUGAACUACGAGAAGCUUAGUAGAGGACUUAGAUACUAUUAUGAUAAGAACAUUAUUCACAAGACCUCAGGAAAGCGCUAUGUGUAUCGGUUUGUGUGUGAUCUCCAUAAUUUGUUGGGGUACAUGGCAGAGGAACUGCAUGCCAUGCUUGGUGUUCAACCGGACACAGAUGAAUGAAUCAAUGAAGGUUCUAUAGCUGAAGCACACAAUUGUACUGUGAAUUUAUUGGGGCGGUGGGGGAGGGAGGAAACCCUGACCCCUUUCGGUCAUUAGUAGACUGUUAAAGACAAAACUAUGGCUAGAAUCUAAAAGGCAACGCGUUUUGAGACCUUUCUGCGAAGUGGUUUGUGUUGUACUUUCUCAACUUGGUGCGACAGAUGACCCUUGGGGUACAGCUCCGAAGAACAUUUGCACCAUAAACUUUUUUUUUUUUUUUUGUAUGUAUGCGUGUGUAAAGUAUUUUAUGUUUAAACACUGAGGGGAAAAACAGGAAAGAAGAAUUCGAAUCUACAGUCAACCAGGGAGAAAAUGACAGCCUAUCAGAAUCUCAAAUUGUGUCAUUUGAUGCUGAAAACAGCGAUUAACGCAAAAUUUCUAAACCAUCUCAGUGACUGCACUUUAACACCUCAUGCUGCCUGAGUCGUAUGUUGUUUUUGUGAUGUGGAUGUUUUUAUUUUUUUUAUUUUUUUUAUUUUUUCUUCUUCAGAUCAUUUCAAGCGCAUGUAAAUAGUUUUAUCAAGAAUUUUCAUAUUUGCAUAAUUUGAUCUACAAGGGAUGUGUAUAUUAUUAUUUACUAUUUGAAUUUCAGAUAUGUUUAAUAUUUUUUUUAUGGCACAAGGAUUGCCCCCUUUUUAGUUUUUUGUUUUGUUUUUUUCUUCUUCUCCUAAACUUCUUAAAUUCUCAUGUUAAGCUUCAUGAAACUGAAAAUAUUAUUUUUGUCAUUCCAAUAGUAACAUAAAAGAGCACUUGUCAUCAGACACAAUUAAAUGGGUGCCAUUGGGUUCUAACAAAUCUCAGGAAGUCUUUCAACUUGAUAAAUGUCUGUGUGAGAGCUCUAUAGAUGACGUACUUUUAUAAAAAUAUAUAAAGAAAUGAAUCGGCGCAGAAUAUUGGCCUAUGUAGUCCAAAAUUCUGUGCUGAACUCCAAAUCCACUACUUGGGUUGGUGUUUUUCAACCAUGGUGCCCACUGUUGUUGCAAAACUACAACUACCAGCAUGCCCAGACAGCCGAUGGCUGUUUGGGCAUGCUGGGAGUUGUAGUUAUGAAACAGUUGGAGGUUUCCUGGGAAAGGGGGGGAGGCACUGACCUCCGGUAGUGGGAGGUUAGUCUAGAUCUAGAUUAAAGAGGAAUAUAUGGUGCUGGAUGGACAAUACUGAGCAAGGCCACCUAAAAUUAUUCAAGUAGUGAAGCACAAGUUCGAGCUUUUCAGCUUAUUACACAUCUGUGAGAAUGUAAUCAUUUAGUAUGUGUUUUGUAAUUAUUGGAAAGACAUUAAUAACAUUUAGUGUUCUCCUUUCCUGUAUAUAUUGCUUUUAUGCUUGGUUGUUUUUAAGCAAUCUGUCUUAUUUUUUUUUUUUUCAUCAUUUUGAGCUCCUUGUUCUUGUUUCUGCCUCCCUUUGAAUAGAUGUGGAGGAAUUUGUGUAGCAGCCAUUUUUACUGCAAAAUAUUAUACCAGAUAUGUAUUUUUGUUGUCUUUCCCCUUUUUUGUUUUUAAGAGAGGUUUUUAUUUUAUAUCUAAAGUGCCUUGUAAACUAAAGCGUAUAUAUAUUUCUGUAUAAAGUUACUAGAGAGAUAGCAGAUGCAAAUUGACAGAAUUCUGAUUAAACUGUUUUUUGGAAAA